AUGCAUCAUCCUCUCGGCACCUAUGAUCGCCGAAAUAUCGCCCCGGAUGCCUCACUGGUGCUGGUCGGUAUCCGUGGCUGUGGGAAGCGCUCCUUGGGAUUUGUUGCAGCUACGGCCCUGAAACGACGUUUUAUCACCGAGGACCACUAUUUUAAAAAGAUCACUGGACUCACCCGUCAUGAGUAUCUCAAGCGCUUCGGUAGCCAUGAGUUCCAGCGUCGCGAUAUCGAGAUCCUGAAGAUGAUGCUCGACAAUAAUCGCUCUAGCUGUGUCAUUGAAUGUGGCCUGGGUAGUCUCACCCGGCCUGUUCAGGAACACUUGCGUCUCUAUUCCCAGACCAAUCCUGUUGUUUACCUAAUUCGCGAUAUAGACCGCAUCCAGUCCUUACUGGGCUUGGAGGACCAGUCCGUUCGCUUGCUACGUGAAGGCGAUCCCUUGCAUCGAACAUGCUCGAAUUUUGAGUUUUACAAUAUUGAAGAUCGCUCCAGCGUAUCUGCCCAGUCAGGCGAAGAACCCCCAGACAGACGCUCUGCCGACUAUUCGUUCAAAUUAAAGGAGGCAAAGGAAGAUUUUACCCGCUUUAUCCACUUCGUGACAGGCGUUGAGGUGGAUCACCCCGGUUACGAUUCGCCAUUUGUCCUGCUAGAAACGCCCCCGGAGCUUCGGUCCUUUACUCAUGCGAUAUUCGUUCGUUUCUCCGACCUCAUCGAGGAAGCUAUAACUUUCACUGAGCUUGAAUCGGGAGGAGAUGCCAUUGAGCUAUGCAUAGAUCGCUGGGAUUCAAACAUGGCGAGCACUGUGAGCAAGCAGGUUUCUUUGCUACGGAGAAAUGCUCGCGCCCCCAUUAUCUUUUCCGUCGACACCUCAGUUUCUGGUAUCGGUGCUGGAGAUUUCUCGUCUUCUCAGAUGCGCCAACGAUAUUUUGAAAUACUAGAGCACGGUCGACGGUUGGCCGUGGAAUACCUAUCCGUGGAUCUAGGCCAGGACCAGGACAUGUUAGGCCAGAUCAUCCGCAACAGGGGUAUGACAAAGAUAAUCGGCCAUUAUGUGUUCGAGCCGCCUUCUGGAAUAUCAUGGGAUGACGAGGAAUGUUUUUCACUUUAUCUCGAAGCUGAAAAUCUCGGUUGUCAACUGGUUCGCAUCCUCCGUUUGGCAACGGAACGUGAAGAUAAUGCGGCCGUCGUCAAAUUUACAAAUAAGAUCCAGUCCUUACCAGGAACACGCCCACAUCUAAUUGCCUACAAUAUCGGCCGUCUUGGGCGCACCUCUCAGGUUUUCAACUCUAUACUCACGUCUGUCACACACCCGGCCAUCAACCGCUCAAUCGAAAAUGAAAGAGAUCCCCAAAUAACUUCGCGAGACGCGGUGCAGGCCUUGUUUCAGAGUUACAUGCUUGACCCGCUUCAAUUCUAUAUCCUUGGGGCGGACGUAUCUUAUAGUCUAUCACCAGUCAUGCACAAUGCCGCCUUCCGGCAUUGCGGUAUGAGCCACACUUACAGCAUUCCGGAAUCGCCUUCCCUGACAGUAUUGGACCGGCUGGGCCGGGAGCCAAACUUUGGAGGGGCCAGUGUUAUUCAACCAUGGCGGGUGCAAGUUUUCCAGAAGCUAGCUGCGAAGAGCCGCCACGUCGAAGCGAUUGGAGCAAUAAACACAAUUAUGCCACUACGCUCCCAGGCUGAUGGAAUUAUGUUUCCUCUACAAGAACAGGCCAGCCGUCGCAAUCAGGCAGGGCCUGUGCUAGGCUGGUAUGGGGAGAAUACGGACUGGGUGGGGAUCAUGACCUGUAUCAGUCGCAAUCUCUCUCCUCGCAAUGCUAUCAAUCCACUCAAAACGACCGGAUUGGUUAUUGGGGCAGGUGGCAUGGCGCGGGCCGCUAUUUAUGCCAUGCUCCGACUGGGAUGCCGCAAAAUCUUCAUCUACAACCGGACUCUGUCGCGGGCAGAGAGUGUAUCUCAACAUUUCAACUCCUGGGCCUCGUCUCAGGCAGACUCGGCGGAAGUUGUGCGGGUUUUACAAUCAUUGGAAGAUGACUGGCCAUCGGAUGCUUCACCUCCAACUCUAAUAGCAUCCUGCGUACCAGCAGAUCCGGAUAGGGACGAACCCCCGGCCAAUUUUGAGAUGCCUACGCAGUGGCUGGGCAGUUCAACUGGCGGACUGGUUCUUGAGUUUCCUUAUAAACCUCUAGACACACCGUUGCUGCAACAGAUGCGCCGCCUUCGUUCUGAGACAGAGCAGCCAUGGGUUUUGGUGGACGGAUUAGACAACUUCUUGGAACAGGGAUUCGCACAAUUUGAGCUGAUGACGGGACGCAAAGCUCCUCGCCGACUAAUGGCACUUGAAGUUCUCCGGAACUACGAUGGUGAAAAUGGGAAAUUUGAUGAAAAAACGAUUCAGUCCCGACUUGAUGGAGUUUGUUAG